AUGACAGUCCACGAAGUUACUUUGCACGUGUACCAGCUAGCGCCGGAAGGGCAUGCGUUUUUUACGGGAGUUUUGCCGAGCCUCGGCCUGGGCGCGUACCAUACGUGCAUUGAGAUUGAUCAAAGUCGCUACACAUUCGCACCGAAAGUAGGGAUCGUGCGUUCCAGCGCACGUCACGAACACGCUCCCACCGGAGCUGUUUGGAAAGAAGCCAUUGUCUUGGGAUCCUGUCGACUCGAGCGAGGCAGAGUGGCACGCAUUGUCCGCAUACUGCAGGACCGAUUCUUCGGUCAAUUCGCGUAUCAUUUGGUACACCGCAACUGCAACCACUUUACCGAAACAAUGGCAACCGCCUUGCUCUGUCACGACGAAAUCAUCCAAUCGGCUCUUUCGGGAAACGCAGAAACCAACGACAAUGCCUUGCGUCCCCUAGUUGGUGCGUUGCGCACGUUUCCUACCUACAUCAAUCGACUCGCCAAUACGUCCGGUCACUUUGUGUCAUACGAGGCCAAUACAAUCCCUUGCCAAGUAGGCCAGGAAGCUGCCCAUGCCGUUGUUGCAUCUCAAGACACGUCAGUCGAGAAAGCGUCCCGAUCAGCCUCCACCCGGACGUCGGCCCUAGAUACAUCCGCGAAUCGCACUGCCACUAAGAAAGUUCUGACCGAUCGACAAAAAGCAGCAUUGGCAAAAAUCAGAAAAACACCAGCGUGAGAUUAUCUACGACGGAAAGGUCACCAAGUUUCAGGGAUUUGGGUUAAAGGGCCCCGACUCGACCAACAUCACUGGCAACGCUAUCAACAGCACGGCCCGUUCCUUCUCCAACGAUAAUAUGCAUCAAUCGAAGCCGCAGGCCGAAAGUUCCAGAAUCUAUUUCUUAUCAAUAGUUGUUACCGUACAAAGGCUUGUGGGCUAGUGAUCAAUCAUGUCACGAGGUCGACCAAAUAAGUGUGAAAAACCUGAAUGAAGUGAAAGGGCCUGUCGGAAAAGUGGUGUCGAUCAAAUUGAGGUCAGCCAGGUUUUGUAGUCGAAGUAGCCGCUCACCAGGAAAGUUUUUAAACAUCAUUGCUAUCGAAGAGGUCCUGUCAAGUUGCACAAGCGAUUGUCUUCUAGACUACUUUACAGUUAUUGAAGAGUACCCCAAGUGGAAGGAAGGUUACUGGAUGCAAAUUUAUACCAGGGGAAGUGAGCACGGGGAAAUCACAAUGGACCCAUCACGGUGAGCAGAAUACAGAGUAAAUGUUGUGCUUCUUCUUGGAGACUGCCUUUCUCUCCAUUUCGCAAGUUGGUGCCUUUCAUUGCUCUAAGCCACAAUCUUGUGGACCAGACAUCUCUGGUUCUUCCCAAUGCCAGUAGCCGCUCUUUCCUUCGCAUGGGUACUCUCAAUUUGUAUCCGAAUUUCUGUCCUUUCUUACAGUUAAUGCACAAGCUUCCUAG